AUGCCGUCCGCUGCUCUCCGCAUGGCGACUCUCCGGGCCUUCGCUCGGCAUGGCUGUAACCCUUCUCCGGCCCUGACCAGGUCAUUCUCCGUAUCUCUACGCCGGGCUGAGAUCAACAAGGUCUUCCCGUCUGCUUCAGCAGCUUUGAAGGAUAUGAAGCCGAACUCAACCCUGCUCUGUGGUGGAUUUGGGCUUUGUGGUGUUCCCGAUACCCUCAUUGAUGAAAUCCUCCAAAAGCCUGAUAUCACUGGUCUCACAGCUGUUUCCAACAAUGCCGGCACAGACAACUCCGGCCUCGGCAAGCUCCUCAAGACUAAGCAGGUCAAGAAGAUGGUUGCUAGCUACAUUGGGGAGAACAAGACAUUCGAAACCAUGUAUCUGACCGGCGAGGUUGAGCUGGAGCUCACUCCCCAAGGAACCUUGGCUGAGCGUUGCGCGGCUGGUGGCAAGGGCAUUCCGGCCUUCUACACCCCUGCUGCUUUCGGAACCGUGGUUCAAACCGGUGACUUGCCAUUAAAAAACAAGGCCGACGGCACCCCAGAUGAAUACUCCUAUCCCAAGGACGUCAAGGUGUUCAAUGGCAAGUCGUAUCUACUAGAGCAUGCUAUUGAUGGCGACUAUGCCUUUGUCAAGGCCUACAAGGCAGACAAGCUCGGCAACUGCCAGUUCCGUCUUGCUGCCCACAACUUCAAUGGUGCCAUGGGCCGCAAUGCCAAAAUGACCAUUGUCGAAGCUGAGCAUAUUGUUGAGCCUGGUGAGAUACCUCCCGAAGCCGUCCACCUGCCCGGCAUCUAUGUGAAGCGCGUUAUUCAGAGCACAAGUGAGAAGAAUAUUGAAAAGUUCACUUUUGCCAAGGAUGAAAGCGACGCCGAUGCCAAGGCCGCGUUGGGAACCGGCGACACCGCCGCCAAACGUGAGCGCAUUGUCAAGCGAGCAGCCAAGGAGUUCAAGAACGGCAUGUACGCCAAUUUGGGCAUCGGCAUGCCUAUGCUAGCGCCGGGUUUCGUUGGUCCCGAGGUCGAAGUCCAGCUUCAGUCUGAGAAUGGUAUCCUUGGCUUGGGUCCUUAUCCCAAGAAGGGUGACGAGGAUGCCGACUUGAUCAAUGCUGGCAAGGAGACGGUAACCCUCAACCGUGGUGCGGCCGUCUUUGGCAGCGAGGAAAGCUUUGGCAUGAUUCGCAGCGGAAGAAUCAACCUCACUAUUUUGGGAGCUAUGCAAGUAAGCGGAACUGGUGACCUUGCCAACUGGAUGCUGCCCGGCAAGGUCAAAGGCUUUGGUGGUGCCAUGGAUCUCGUCAGCAACCCUUCCAAGACCAAGGUAGUUGUGACGAUGGAGCACACCGACAAGAAGGGCAACCCCAAGAUAGUCAAGCAAUGCGCAUUCCCCUUGACUGGACGUGCAUGCGUGUCACGAAUCAUUACCGAACUAGGAGUUUUCGACGUUGAUUUUGCACAUGGCCUGAACCUUGUCGAGAUAGCUGAUGGCGUGACGGUUGACGAGAUUAAGAGCAAGACCGAGGCACCUUUUACCGUGUCCAAGGAUCUUAAGCCCAUGUUGUAA